AUGAGUCAGUUGAAAUUUGUCAGAUCAAAGAGUACAAUCAGAUCAACUCCAUUAGGGAAACUACAAUCAAAAUUGAAGUUAGUUUAGAAACCAGGAAAACUUCAUGUUAGUGUUGGAAGAAGUAGAUAAUCUUCAUAAACUAAUGAAGACUUACUAAUAUCAAAUCCAAAACAUUAAAUGGAUUUAUAAGUAUUAUAACUUCAUUAAAUUAAUGAAAAUACUAUUCCACUUUAAACAUCUGAUAUAUGGUAAUCUAUUAUACUUCCAUUAUCUCAUGAUGCUAGAUUAAUAAAUAAUUCAAGAAAAUUUUCAAAUUCUACUCAAUACAAUGGAAAUUGGGCAAAUAUAUAUAAUUAAUAACAUUAUUAAACACAAACUACUUGUUGCUCUCCAAAAUUAAAUGAAAAUGAGAAUAUCAAUAAAUUUGAUGUAUUGUAAUUCAAAUUAAAUAAAUUAAAUUCAACCGAUCAAAAAUCAAUUUCAAUUUCUUAAACUAAUCUUAAUUCAAAAUUUAACUUCAAUUAAUUUUCAAUCAAAUAAAAUAAAAGUAUUAAUUAAGUAUCCAAUUUAUAAGUAGAAUAAUAAAAACAAUAGACUAAUAUAAAUACAUAAAUAAAGUAAAAUUAAAUGUCUAUUGAUUAAUAAAUUUAAUAAAAAAGUGAAUAAUUCAACUUAGAUUCAAAUAAAAAUUGUAAUUUAAUUAAUACAAAACCUAUAAUUGAAUUAAAUGAAUUCAGUACAAAACAAUCUUAAAGAUAGAUUCCAAAAUCUUUUAGUGAAAUUAUGACUGAAAGAUCAAUUGUUUUAAAUGUUCCUAAAGAAUAAAAGGAUAUUGAAAUUUAAACUAGUUUUUCAUAGAAUAAUAAAUCUGAGCCUCCAUAAACAAUGCAUUUAUUUAGUAAAUCAACUACAAAUGCAUCAGUUUAAACUAAGUCUAAGAACAAGAAUUUAGGAUUAUUCUAAUAUCAAUUAUCAUAUUUAUCACCAAAAAUCAAUAGAAAUUUCUAAGAGUCUGAUUUAAUAUCUUUGGAUGAUUAUCAAUAAUAAUUUAUGUAUGGAACUUAGUAAGAAUAUAAAAUUAAAAUGAAACAAAUUAAUAAUAUAGAUUAAAAUUAGUAAUUAAUAUAAUCAAUUUUGAGAUAAUAAAGUAAUAUAGAUUUAGAUUCUAUAGAGGAUUCUAAGUAUUUCAAUUUAUAAGCUGAACCAAAAGAAAUUAAUAUUAAUAUAAUUGAUAAGAAAUACAAUAAUAAUAACAGAAGUAUUUCUAAAGUAGUUAUCUAGAAUAAUUGUUAAAGUAUAUAAAAAAAUAAAAUUGAUAAAGGUUGUUCAUUAUAAAGUUCAAAAAGCUAUAAAGAACAUUUAAAUAUUUUAACAAAUUACUAAAAUUCUCAAGAUCAAAAUUAACUUUUUAUAGUUUAAGAUAAGAAGUAAAGAUAUCCUCUUAGAAAUUAAAGUAAUAUAAAAAAAUCAAAAUAAACAACUAAGAAAUGA